AAUCUACCCCGCAACUUCACCAACUCUCCCGACCUUCACCGCCAACAAGUUAAGAGUUGUCGCUCGCAGCGACCGACGCCUGUCUGGCUUGCGACGCCCAUCAUGUGGGUUUUUACAGCACCCUCCGUACUGAGCUUGGUUGCAAUUGCACUUCUCCCGUCUGCGCUUGCGAAACCCUACCCGACCCACGUCGAUGAACCGCGCGAGCUCAACAACGCAACUCAGCUUGAGAGGCGGGACUGUGGCAGCGGGAUUCGGUGUGGAUACUACGGGCAGCUUUGCUGUACGGGUGGAGAGGUGUGCUUCACCGAUGCGAACAACCUAGCCCAGUGCGGCGCCGCAGCCGCAGCCGCAACUGCGGCAGCUCCAGGCGGCUGGGUAACCUAUACCUCAACCUGGGUCGAGACCGGCUACGUGACGAGGACCUCUGUGUGGAGCACCUACGUGGCUGCGACGGUCCAGGCGGCCCCGACGCCGACCUGCACCGGCGCGCAAUCGCCCUGCGGAGUGAAAUGCUGUGAUAGCGGAUACUAUUGCCUCACCUCCGGGCAAUGCGCGCUGUACGGAGGAGGCUCUUCUGGAGGAAUCAUUGGUACACUGACCCCGUCCGCACCGUUACGUCGAACAAGUUCCGGGCUGAUCAUCAUAACAGCCACCGGCACUCCCACUGCCACGGUCCCGUUCGAGACCCCCAUCCCGACAGGCGUCAAUGGGACACUUGUUCCUGCAAAUGGCGGCGGCGGAGGCCUCAGCGGCGGAGCCAUUGCCGGUAUCGUUAUCGGGGUACUUCUCGGAAUCCUUCUCUUGCUUCUCCUCUGCCUUUUCUGCUGCGCCCGGGCCCUCUUCGACACGGUCAUGGCCAUCUUUGGGCUGGGCAAGAAGCGAAAGCAUACCCACGAAGAGACGUACAUCGAGGAACACCACCACAGCAGUGGAGCAGGCAGUGGACGUCGUUGGCAUGGCCAAGGUCCCUCGCGGCCAUCUCGACCACCGAAGAAGACUGGAGGCCUUGGAGGUGCUCUGGGUAUCGGGGCACUCCUAGGAGGCCUCGCGAUAGCAUUAGGCUUGAAGCGACGGCACGACCGACACCACGACGACAAGAGCACGACGAUUUCGGGGUCCUCAUAUUACACCGACUACACAAGCUCAAGUAGCGCAAGCUCUUCAGAUCGCCACACACGCCAUACACGACACUCGUCGCGGCGCUGAUAUUCCCGGUCUUCUCUCUGUAUAGUUCUUGCCACGUAGGUGGCACCUUCAUUACAUUUGUUUAUACCAAGCAUU